UUGAAGCUCUAUUAACAGAAUGCGUGCAUGUAUCUCUGUUUCUAUGCCAGUCACUAGAACUCAGAUUUUCCCCAGUAAUCAAAAUCUUCACGCAUUGUCCUCAGUAAUUGAGAGCUGUAGAAAUAUUGGAGGCAACGUCAGGAGAAAUUAUCGUAUGGGGAAAUGUCAACGGAAAGCUGAUAGCAUAGAGAGAGAGGACAGGAUCGUUACAGUAUUCUGAGAGGAUUUGUUCUGUGAUCGUCAGGGAAUUUCUAAUUAGUCGUAAAUGUGGUGAUAAAGUGGAGAUGUUUAGCUGAAGAGAACUUUUGUUUUCUUCAGUGAUUCUAUAGUCUCAGCAUGAGUUGAAGAUGCAGUGGAGCAAGGAGGUCAAAGGUCAACAAUGUCGGGUUCCUCAGACAAUGAGAACACAUCACUGAUGGCAGACCAGGCCAAGGGGAAGAAGAAGCAGCCGGACUGGAGCCGGUUUGGUCUGAGCCGGGAACCAGUCAAAGGAGAAUCAGGUGUGCACCGGUCACCUUCAGAAAUCCAAGAUGGCAGCUACCAGUCACUGGAGGAAGGCAAACAUAACGAACUCUUCAGAGAGGAUCAGCUAUCCUCCCAGAAGCCGUGGUAUAAGGCCAACUUCUUUAUUUCGGAGCCUGUUCUGUUUGGGACGUGGGACGGAGUGUUCACUUCUUGUCUCAUCAACAUCCUAGGUGUUGUCAUCUUCCUCAGGAUGGGAUGGAUUGUCGGGAAUGCUGGUAUCCUACUGACGAUACUGAUGAUAUUUGUGACUGUGUUCAUAGUACUGAUCGUGGCCCUGAGUGCUAUAGGGGUCUGUGAGCGAUGUAAGAUGGAGGGAGGGGGGGUUUAUUUCCUCGUGUCUCAUGUCCUGGGAGGAAGAAUCGGGGGCUGUAUAGGAAUUCUCUACUGCUUUGCACAAUCUGUCAGUUGUUCACUGUCUGUUAUGGGGUUUGGGGAAUCCAUCAUGCGACUAAUGGGAGAGGAGGAUCCAUGGAUUGCCAGGGGUGUAGCUAUAGCCUUAGUGCUGCUUCUGCUGGGUAUAAACAUAGCUGGAGUGAAGUGGGUGAUCCGACUACAGCUCAUUCUGUUGUUUGCCUUGUUCUUUUCUGCCAUGGAUCUCAUCGUGGGAUCUUUUGUACACACGGAUCCAGAGCAUGGUGUGACAGGUUAUAUGGAGGUCAAUCUACGUAAUAAUUCCAAUCCCGAUUUCCUGGAAGGCGAGAGCUUUUUCAGCAUGAUGGGAUUGUUCUUUUCAACGGUAACGGGAAUCUUAGCGGGAAUCAACAUGAGUGGGGAUCUUAAAGACCCGUUUAACAACAUUCCACAGGGAACCCUGGCUGCACUUGGUGUCUCAACCCUUCUAUAUGUUUCAUUCACCUUAGUCCUUGGUGCCACGUGUGUACGCUUCUACCUCAUUGAUGAUGUCAUGAUAGCAGAAAAGGUGUCUAUAGCGGGGUUCCUAUGGUUAGCUGGUCUAUAUAUAUCCUCUGUAUCGUCGUGUAUGGGAAGUCUUUAUGGACCUCCCAGAAUCCUCCAGUCCAUAGCGAACGAGAACGUCAUGCCAAUAAUUCGUUUAUUAGGUCAAGGGAGAGGACCUAACAAAGUUCCUAUUUAUGCUUUAAUCCUUAUAACUCUAGUCACACUUCUAUUCAUCUUUGUGGGGGACGUAAACUCCCUAGCCCCAAUUGUCACUACUGCAUUUAUGAUGACCUACGCAGCUAUAGAUUAUGCCUACUUUGCACUUGCCAUGUCUUACGAUAAACAUCAGGAAAAUGAACUUAAAUAUGGACCCGUGAACAAAAAGAAGCUGUCUGCUGGGGACCUGGGAAAUGGCGGUGUUAGUUAUGGAACUUACACGGUCCCGAGACCUAAGGAUUCAUUUGAGAAGCUGGCCAGUGAUUUAGACAGUCUGUUCCCAGAGAGAAUGACACAGCGCGGGCAGCACCACCUUGUUAGACAGGGGAGUGGUCAGAGUGGAGCCACCACACCUGAGGCAGACUUUGACGCCACCAAGAGGCGGUUCUCCGCGGAGAACACCACUGACCAGGGGGACAAGUCUAAUCUUCUACCUGAGAAAACACCACAAGGAACAGAAAAAGAGAAGAAAUCCUUGAGCGAUGAAAUCAUCAAACAACCGACCUCCUGGUACUCUUUCCUAUGUAACAGGUGGCUCUCACUGUUUGGGACCUUAGUGUGUAUCGUCAUCAUGUUCUCGGUACAGUGGGCCUAUGCCUUGGGGGAGAUGACAGUUGUACUAAUCAUAUACAUCUACAUAGGACAGGCCAGCCCAGGCUACUUCCCAGGAAUUGCCGAUUUUAACAUGUAUGAGUGGAUUAAAGGAGGCAUUAAACGUUGUUGCAGAGGUGGGAAGGAUGUACAAGAGGAGAUAAUCGUCGCGCCAGCCACGCCAGCAAUGAACCUAAUGGCUGCCCAGCUAACUGACGACAAUGAGGACUUUGCCAGCAGAGGGCGCUAUCAUCAGUCCGAGAUUGUCAGGGGAGAGAACUUUGAUGAUUACAACAGUGACUGAAUGAUUACAGUGUUCAUCACACAAAAUUAUAAACAUUCCAUCUUCAUUCUCCUCAAAACACCAGAUAGAUGUAUAUGUUUCUACCAAUAGAAACUUAGAAUGCAGUCUCUGAGUCUAAAUCUGGUUUCUAAAACAUUUUCACAUGACUUGAACCUCUAAAGUAUAUGAAGUUUGGCAUUUUCCUUUGUUUUAAUCAGACUCUGUAAGAGUCAUUAGCAGGUUUUCAUCUUUCCCAUUAAUUGGGGUGGAGCUUUUGGUGCACCUCUUUUUAUGCUUUAUUGGAAUUUGAGACAUAAUAGUUAGGAUCACUGUUAAAUACCAUUAUAUUGACCUUGUUAUUUAUUACAUGUAUUACAAAUGAUAUUUUAUUUUAACAGUGAUAUAAGGAGAAUGAUGUUGAUUUUUUGGGGGGAUCUUUAGGUGGCUUAAAUGAUUGUAGAUUAUUUUGGGAAUAUACAAGGAAAAUAUAUUAUUUUAAAAACUUCCAGAGUUUUCCAUCAAUUUUAUUUGUGCUUCCUUGUGUCUGAACAUUUUUCUUUUCUUGCCAGAUUUAGCUUGAUAUAUAUUAAAUUUAAAUUUGGAUUUACAUAUAUACAUGUACUUCAGAUUACAGUUUCCUGUAUACAAAUGAAUUUUAAUGUUUGUUUUGUUUGGGUUUUUUUAAUUUUCUUUAUUUUGAUUUAUAAAGUGCUAUAUUAUUAAUAAUUUUUUUUUUGGAAGAUGAAAUUCACAAAUUUAUUUUUAAGGUCAACUUUGGACAAGCUAUUAAUUAUUUGAAGAUAAAGUCCCUAUGAUAAUCCUUAUCUUUCAUCAUUUCAAUGGUAUAUGACAUAGUCCCUUUAUUCUGGAGAAGAAAUCCAGUAUAUUUAUUUUAUUGUUGUGUUUACCGGUAAUAGCUUUGUGAUAUUGUUUACAGG